GGGCGUGGGCUGUCUGGGGUGAGGGGCUCGCGGGCUGGCGCUCUGGCCUGGGCGCAUCCUGGCAGUGGCAGCGGCGGCGCCCGCGUGGCCCGAGCGCCCAGGCCUUCCUCGCCGGGCCCCGGGCCUGCCCUUGACCCGCCUCUCCCCUUGCCCCUUCCUUCCCCGCCCUGUCCCCCUCUCCGCCCCCCGGCGACGGAGGGCGGGGGCAGCCGGGUUCCCGUCCCGCCGCCUGGGUCUGUCCCUCUCUCCGGGACCCGCCGGUGACGUUUCGCACACGUGCGCGCAGGACGCGCCUGUGACUGGGGAGGAGGCGGCGGCGGGAGGGGGCGCUGGAGGGGGAGAGGGGGGCACCCACUUCCUCCUGCUCGCCGGCUCCCUGGCCUGGGACGGUCCCGGCGCCCUCGCACCCGCCCCCGGCACCGCCACCCUCCCUCUCCUCUCCCCACCCCCCCACCGGCGCCCGCCCUCGCCCUGCGCCGCCGGUCUGUUCGGCCCUCCGGGCCCCCUCUCCAGCCGGCCCCCCACCUCCCCCCGGAGCCAGGCUGGUUUCGGAAAUGCCCUUACAGCAGCAGGCAAAGCGAAGGCUGGAGCUAGGAGAAAGCGGUCAUCAGUACCUCUCAGAUGGUUUAAAAACCCCCAAGGGCAAAGGAAGAGCUGCACUACGAAGUCCAGAUAGUCCAAAAAAAAAAACGCGGUAUGAUACGUCUCUUGGUCUGCUCACCAAGAAGUUCAUUCAGCUCCUGAGCCAGUCACCCGAUGGGGUAUUGGAUUUGAACAAGGCAGCAGAAGUGCUAAAAGUGCAAAAGAGAAGGAUUUAUGAUAUCACCAACGUUCUGGAAGGCAUCCACCUCAUUAAGAAGAAGUCUAAAAACAACGUCCAAUGGAUGGGCUGCAGUCUGUCUGAGGAUGGGGGCAUGCUGGCCCAGUGUCAAGGCCUGUCAAAAGAAGUGACCGAGCUCAGUCAGGAAGAGAAGAAAUUAGAUGAACUGAUCCAAAGCUGCACCCUGGACCUCAAACUGUUAACCGAGGAUUCAGAGAAUCAAAGGUUAGCUUAUGUUACAUAUCAAGAUAUUCGAAAAAUUAGUGGCCUUAAAGACCAAACUGUUAUAGUUGUGAAAGCCCCUCCAGAAACAAGACUUGAAGUGCCUGACUCAAUAGAGAGCCUACAAAUACAUUUGGCAAGUACCCAAGGGCCCAUUGAGGUUUACUUAUGUCCAGAAGAGACUGAAACACACAGUCCAAUGAAAACAAACAACCAAGACCACAAUGGGAAUAUCCCUAAACCCGCUUCCAAAGACUUGGCUUCAACCAACUCAGGACAUAGCGAUUGCUCAAUUUCUAUGGGAAACCUUUCUCCUCUGGCCUCCCCAGCCAACCUCUUACAGCAGACUGAGGACCAAAUUCCUUCCAACCUAGAAGGACCGUUUGUGAACUUACUGCCUCCCCUGCUGCAAGAGGACUAUCUCCUGAGCCUCGGGGAGGAGGAAGGCAUCAGCGAUCUCUUCGAUGCUUACGAUUUGGAAAAGCUCCCACUGGUGGAAGACUUCAUGUGUAGUUGAUUACGCUUCGUUUGAACUCUCCUUAAAAACCGAUAUUUUUUUAUCAUGGAACCAGAACAUCUGUCAUGCAGUGUUGUCCCUUCCUACCUUCUUCCUCCAAGAGAGUAUCAUGAAGUAAACUACAAACUUCAAAAGAAAGCUGACAUUUUAAUGAAUUUUUUAAAAAAUUAAUAAACAAAUUGUCUAAACGCACAGUUGCAGGCUCCCUUGGGAAAGCCCUGCUUUGCUCCAGGCUCCAAGAUCUCCUGGCUAAGUCAGCAAGUGAGAAAAUGUGCAAUCAGGUGUCUCUCACCCCGAAUUUUCCUUCCUCCUUCCUCCCCGGAUUGGCUUGCUGUGCCUGACGGAUGGGCUGUAGAAUGGGGUCUGGCCACCUGGCCCGCUGGGAAACAGCAAUCUUCCUUAAUAGCAUUUCAAGCCGUGCCUUCUCCGCAGAAUGCAUGUCUUUGGGGUCUGCUAAUAUGGAAUGGAACUGCAGCAAAUGCAAACUUGAAGUCAUGCAAAAGUAUGAAAUGGAUUUCUUCAGCUCUUCUUAGGAAUAUUUAAAUUACUGUCAUAAUUCAGUUUAAGCUAUGAACUGUGUGUCCCAGUAGGAGGUCAAGAAAACCUCCACAGCCUUCUGGAUGAAGAACCUGUUUUCAAAUAUACUUGUUGCAGAUACAGAAGACUAGUAGAGUUCUGCCACUCUAAGCUGUUGUGGAUUUUCCUGUCUCCAUGAACCACUCCCAUUCCCCCAUCCCCAAUGUGUUUGUGAGUUUCCAGUUGAUUUGUAGCAAAUGCCUACUUAGUUCUUUGUGGAUUGUUUUAGACUUUUUAUUUUUUUAGCUGCCAUUUAAGCAUUCCUGUGGCACCCGUCACCAUUUCAAUUUAAUUGUUUACUUUGAAGCGGUUUUUGCAAAUUCAUAUUACUUAAGCAGAGGGAGAGAACCUCUACUGAUCAGAGCAUCUAAACCUGUGUGAUCUAAGGUUUAUCAGCCUCUGCAAGGAGCUUUGUCCCAUUGUGCUUCCAUUCCCAGGAGGGGGAGCUUGGAGCGAGUCAGUCCUGGGGCUUGCUGACAUGGGUGGCCCAUUGGAAAGGAGAACCAGGUCAGAUGAUGUAACAGCCCCAAGGAGCAGCAGGCAUGGGUCCCUCCAUCCUUGGGCUUCCCGGGCCCCUGUGACAGGGGAAAGGGCUCUCUUACACCGCACUCAGGGAGACCACUUCUCAGGAUGGGGUCAGAUGGAGAGACCUCUAGGGAGAAAGACAUCCCCAUUGUGUGAGUGGCAUUUCCUUAAGCUGGCAGGAACAGGGAGCAGCCCUGUGUCGGGGGCUGGAAUAGUUCUGGCCAGACCCCGUUCCCCUUCCUCUAUGAAGGAAUAAGUUGGACCAAGGGAAGUCGGGGACGUAAAAAAUGAAGCAAAACAAUGCCAGGGUGUCUCCCGCUUUACUCUUCAGGAAUGGUGUCCCAAGUUGGAGGCUUUGUGUCAGCUGCAAAUCCUACCAGUUAUGUCCAAGAAUGGCUUUCCCUUGGACAGGUGGCAGUGGCCAUCUCCCACUGGGAAUAUGGCAUAGUAUCUCCAGUCCAUUCCUUGGAUGCUAAGGACUGCGGGAAUGAGGGAGUCAGAUAAAGAACAAACCUCGAAACGAACAGUUAAAUUGAAAUGCUAUGUGCCUGACCCAGUGGUAGGCACAUAGUAGGCACUCAACUCAUAUGUUUAAUUGAAUUGAAAAUAUCCCUUAGGAAAAAAAAAAACACACAAAAAACCACAAGAGCCCCAGCCAGUUUACUCCAGGUAGAUUUCCACAAUAUGCAAAGUGGUGGUGGGGUCAAGACAGAUGACACCAGCACUUUAAACUCUUUGUGUGGGUAUGCGUGGGUGUAUGUUUGGGAAGAAAAACAAAGGUGCAGACUAUCUUCCUUUUUUCUUCUUCAGCCUCCAUCCCUGGCCUCCUCCCCUCACACACACUGGACUUGGUACAAAAUGUCGGUGUGGUCCUAGAUGAAGCAUUGGGGUGGGGGAGGGAGAGGGAGCUUUGUGUUAAGUGCCUACUGGAAAUGCACUGUGGGGUUUUUUCCUGUAUGGGAAACCAUUUAUGCCAAGCUUUUCCCCAUUUCCCAUAUUUAUCUCAUCUGGUUAGCUGCCUCUGCUUCCAGCUUUGUGUAAUUCUCUUUGCCAGCUGCACAAAGCUGAUUUUUUCCAAAGUCUAAAGACUGAGCUCACCUGGCUAGAUUGUUGUGUGUUUUGUUGAAUUUUUUCAUAAUGUAAUGCCGUAUUUAUUGUUUUAAAAAUGAAAGGAAUACUAAUAAGUCUUAAAAGUUCCUUCAUGCAUAAGAUUUUUUUUCCGGUUACUGGGCUUAACUGGUGUACAUUAAUUAGAUGUCCAUACUGUAUUUUGUUUGCAUUAAGUAAUUUUCUUUUUGACUUAGUAUCUGGCACACAAAGUGGGUUAGUACUACAGUAUUUGCGUUACUUUAAGUACUAAGUAUGCAGGUUUCCUGGUACCAUUGAGUUGCUGCUAUUAAAGCUCACACACGAAAUGGCUAAAAGUUACAAGUGUGCAAAUUAUGACUGCGUGAGCCUUAGAAAAUAAAAUGUAUAAAGGGCAACACAUGAGCUGUCAAACAGUGUUAGGAAUGUGUUUAUAUGUACAGAGUUGUGCAUAGCAAUCGUUUUAUUUAAGUUGAUAUGUAGUCUACUCACAUUUUCAUUAUUUAGCAAUUUUGUACAAAAAUAGCAAUUAAUUUUUAAACGCUGCCAGAAUACUUUCUAGCUGGUUUGUAAUUUUUUAAGAGUGUUAUUUUGUUUUUGUUUUUCUGUUCUUUGUUGUGGUUCUUGUUUUCAUUUUUGUUGUACGUGUAGAUCUGUAAAUAAAAUUGCAGUAUUUAAAGCUUAAGCUUUCAGGAAAAAGAAAAUAAGAAUUCAGUGUGUGCAUGACAACUCGUGUGUAUGAGAAGGAGGGAUAUGAAGGAAGAUGGCUUGCAGAGUAAGUCGGGUGGCAAUUGUCAGGGUGUGGGAAUUUCUUUUCCUACGGGGUACGUGAUUUUGUAAAAAGGAAGUAUUUCUCCCAAAAUUGGGAGUAGGCAAACUACUAAUCAGUUUAGCUUUGUGUUGUAUGCUAGUUUAAAAAAGAAAAUAUGUAAUAUAAUGUAAAAAAAAACAACAAAAAAAAGCUUUUAUGAUGGAUUUUGUAAAUAGAUUUGUUACAGGGUGACCUGUUCUCUAGCUGUGAUCUUACCACUUCAAAUGGGUGUAAUUUGAAUAAAUUUUGUAUGGUAAAGGAUCAAUAAAAUGAUUUUUUUUAAGAGUU